AUGGCUAAGUGUGGUUUUGAGCAGGGUCGAAAUAAGGCUUCCAUCUGUAGUCCUAUGGUAUCAGGUAGGAAGAGAACUAAAGACACCAGUGGGCUUGAAGCAUCACCUCACACAGUCCAUGCUAGACCUCUAGCAAAACGUCUGACAGUAGGAGCACCUGGAAGAAGGCUUGCUUUCUCAACCAGGGAGGAACCGCACACAGACUGUCCUCGUCAGCCACCGCUGUUAGAGUUGACCAAUCUCGAGCAGUUUUCUUCUGUUGACGGUUCAGAAGGUGUUGCAAGAGAUAUUUCCAAGCCUGGUUCGACUGAAACAGUUAUGAUCACAGUGAGCUCACCCAGUACAGUGACUGCGGAAGUAGAUGAAAGUCUCCAGAAAUUACGCCAGGCACUGAAUAGUGGCAACAUUCAGUCUAUUGCCAAGGCAGCAUUUUCUUGCCCUUCACUGAAGGACCAAUUGGUAGAGGGUGUGAUGAAAAUUCUUGACGACGAAUGUUCCACUCUAUGUCGUAACUCUGGGGAGUUUGUCUCUCUAUUUGUGAUGCAAUCUGAGAAAACAGACCACUUGGCUUAG